GCUGCCGACAGGCUGUAUCCUUCGCGAUACGACGACUACUCGGUCAAUAGAGCCCGCGCUGUCUAAUGCACACAGCCUCUGUCAAUCUUGAGGAAGUCUCCUGCCCGGUGAAACUGCUGCGCUGUGAUCGCAGCUGUGUUGGAUCGUGCGCAUGCUGGGGUACUUAGGUCGAGGCGACCCGUCAUUUCGCGCCAGCGACCUCAUCCCCUCGACCUCAUCAGUCGCCGAAUCUCGAGCUGUGCUUGAUCCUCUCCGAUGUCACUGUUGGGAAACCAUGCUGAUUCAAUUUCUCUCACAGUUUCGACUGCUGUCUUCUAUGAGUAUGGCCUGACAUCGGCGCGUGAAGUGCGGCAAUAUUGGGGCCGGCCCUUGAACGUCCCUAGCGCCUUAUUCUUCGCCAACCGGUAUAUGUGCUUGAUCAGCAGAAUCGUACUGUUGUCUGCAAUGUUUGCAGAACCUUCAGAGGUGAGAUGCUCGGUUCUGGUCUGGUGUUCAGGUGUCUACGCAGUCACUGCUCUUCUUGUGAUCACAUUGAUGUCUGCUGCCAGAGUUUACGCUCUAUGGUAUGGAGAUAUCCGGCCCAGUCUGGUUGUCGCUCUAUUCGGGCUGGUACUUCCCUUUGUCAGCAUAGCCAUGAUGCGGUCAUCAGUCGAGACAGCUCUCCGCAACCCUGUCGUUUGCGAUUCUAGCCUGCAGGCGGGGACGUCUGCUUAUAAGGUCUAUUUUGCUGCUCGCUCAGUCAAUCUCGUACCGGAUAUCCUGGUUGCAGCGUUCACAUGGGUGAAGACAUACCCGCUCAUGACCUCUGCACACGCAAUUGGUUUCGUUGCGUUCAUACCCAGGGCACUGUUGCGUACUGGGAUUCAGUACUUCGCAGUGGUGGCGUUCUUCAAUGUCUCUCUGCUCGUCCUGACAUUGGCUUCGGACGUCACGAUCAACACGUCCGAUCUUGUCGCGUUGGCCGCCAUACUCAUGUCGCGCUUCAUGCUCCAUCUCCGACAAACCAUAUACAGCAAGCGGACUCUUGUGCAGACUACUCGUUCCAGCAAUUCCUUGAUGGGAAAUAUGGGAGAAUACCUGGAUGAUGACUCGGACAACGACUCGGAAGACGAACUGAUAUUUGAGACCGCAGGUGGAGUGCAAGACCCGACUAGAUCAAUCUCCGACUCGGACUUCGUACCAUGAUCAAGUAACUUACUGCAGAAGAGCCAACGUUGUUUAUUGGUUGAUGCGUGUAGCAACUACAAUAUGCAUAGUUCACUCUCAGAGGAACUCCAUGGC